AUGGCCUGUGGUCUUCUGUUUCUCCUCCAUGUGCAAGGUGAAGACUCAGCCAGACCCAUCAGGACCACCCAUACAGGACAGGUUCGGGGCAGUCUUGUCCACUUGAAUGACACCAGAGUGGGUGUCCACGCGUGCCUGGGAAUUCCCUUUGCCAAGCCACCUCUAGGUCAGCUGAGGUUUGCACCCCCUCAACCUCCUGAACCAUGGGGCGACGUGAGGAAUGGGACCACCUACACUGGAAUAUGUCUACAGAAUUCUGAAACCGUGAGUGCAGCGAGUCUGGAGAUGAUGCAACUGAGCAUGCCUCCCAUCCCAAUGUCUGAGGACUGCCUGUAUCUCAACAUCUACACACCAGCUCAUGCCAGGGAGGGCUCUAACUUGCCUGUGAUGGUGUGGAUCCAUGGUGGUGAACUGGUUACAGGCAUGGCUUCCAUGUAUGAUGGGUCCACGCUGGCAGCCACUGAAGAUGUGGUGGUGGUCAAUACCCAGUACCGCCUGGGUAUCCUGGACUUCUAUAGCUCUGGAGAUGAACAGACCAGAGGCAACUGGGGAUACCUGGACCAAGUGGCUGCCCUAGGCUGGGUCCAGCAGAACAUCGCCUACUUUGGAGGCAACCCUGACCGGGUCACUGCUUUUGGUGCGUCAGCAAGGGACACAAGUGUGUCUUCACUUGUGGUAUCUCCCGUGUUCCAAGGACUUUUUCAUGGUGCCAUCAUGCAGAGUGGAGCAGCCCUGCUACCUGGCCUUAUCUCCAACACCUCUGAGGUGGUCUACACAACAGUGGCCACCUUAUCUGGUUGAGAGGCCAUGGACUCAGAGACCCUGGUACGCUGUCUGAGAGGCAAGAGUGAAGAGGAGAUUCUGGCUGUUAACGAGGUCUUCAAGAUGAUCCCUGCCGUGGUGGAUGGGGAGUUCCUACCCAAUCGCCCCCAAGAGGAGUUGACUUCUGUGGACUUUCACCCUGUCCCCAGCAUCAUUGGUGUCAACAGUGAUGAAUAUGAUUGGCUUCUCCCCUUGGUGAGGCACACAUCAAACUAUAAGGAAAUAACCAGAGAGACCCUGCAGUCUGUUCUGAAGAAUACAGCAACACAGAUGAUGCUGCCUCCUGAGUGCGGUGACCUGCUAAUGGAAGAGUACAUGGGGGACACUGAGGACACCCAGACCCUCCAAGCACAGUUCAGAGAGAUGAUGGGAGACUUCAUGUUCAUUAUCCCUACACUCCAAGUAGCACAUUUUCAGAGCUCCCAUGCCCCUGUCUACUUUUGUGAGUUCAAUCAUAAGGUCAAGAACCUCAAUGAUGUCAGACUACCCCUUGUAAAAGCUGACCAUGGCGAUGAGGUACCCUUUGUCUUUGGGAACUCCUUCUGGGGCAUGAAACUUGACCUCACUACAGAGGAGAAGCUGCUGAGCAGAAACAUCAUGAAGUACUGGGCCAACUUUACAUGGCAUGGGAACCCCAACAGCGUGGGUUUACCUCACUGGCCUGUGUUUGACCACGGUGAGCAGUACCUGAAGCUGGACACCCAACCUGCUGUGGGUCGAGCCCUGAAGGCCAGAAGGCAUCAGUUCUGGACCAAGACUCUGCCCCAGAAGAUCCAGGAGCUAAAGGGGUCUCAGGAAAAUCACAAAGAUCUGUAG